UCACGGUGUACACGCUGGGUCUGGAUGGGGUCACAGAGAGACCCGUGCCCGCCUCCCAAGCGAACUGCUUCUAUCAGGGGUCCGUUAGAGACCACGGUUCUUCUUCGGUGGCCGUGUCCACGUGUGGGGGCUUGUCAGGUUUAAUACGGAGCCAAGAAAAUGAAUACCUUAUAAUUCCAUUGCCUCAUCACCUGGCACCGAGACACAACUACACCUCAGCUGCCGGGCAGCGACCUCAUGCCCUCUACAAGCGAUCAGUGGAGCAGAGGCUACAGCAGCACCUGGUGGGUAGAGAACCAGAUCACCAGCAUCACUAUCUCCAUUCUUCCCGUCACCAACAGCACAAGUACCACCAGCGAGAGAGAGACCAAAAGCAGCACUACUGUGGGCGGCGAAAGAAAUGUAUACAUGCCUCGACCUCCAGCGGAGGGUAUCCACAUCCUGCCCGAUGAAUACAGCCCCAGGGGCAGGUUAAAGCGCACUGCCCUUAAUUCACGGAAGAACCAGGGGCUGACCGUCGAGACUCUGGUGGUUGCGGACAAAAAAAUGCUGGAGAAGCAUGGCCAGGAGAACAUCACCACCUACAUCCUGACUGUCAUGAACAUGGUGUCCAGUCUUUUCAAAGAUGGGACGAUCGGAAGUGACAUAAAGAUUAUGGUUGUGAGCCUGUUGCUCUUGGAAAAGGAUCCACCCGGGUUGGUGAUCAGCCAUCAUGCAGACCAGUCGCUGAACAGCUUCUGCCAGUGGCAGUCGAGGUUGAUGGGCAAGGACGGCAAGCGACAUGACCACGCCGUGCUGCUCACCGGGUUGGACAUCUGCUCCUGGAAGAAUGAGCCUUGUGACACCUUGGGCUUUGCUCCGAUCAGUGGGAUGUGCAGCAAGUAUCGAAGCUGCACCAUCAACGAGGACACAGGAUUAGGCCUAGCUUUUACCAUCGCUCAUGAAUCCGGACAUAACUUUGGCAUGAUUCACGACGGAGAAGGGAAUCCAUGUCGGAAAACCGAGGGGAAUAUCAUGUCUCCCACCCUGGCUGGGAACAAUGGGAUCUUCUCAUGGUCUGUGUGUAGCAGGCAGUACCUCAGCAGAUUCCUCAGUACAGCUCAGGCUUCUUGCCUGGUCGAUGAACCGAAGCAGCUCUACGAGUACCAAUACCCAAGCCUGCUACCCGGCCAGCUCUACGAUGCAGACACACAGUGCAAGUGGCAGUUUGGAUCAAAGGCUAAGCUGUGUUCCCUCGACUUUGUGAAGGAUAUUUGCAAAGCUCUUUGGUGUCACAGGAGUGGCCACAGAUGUGAAACUAAGUUUAUGCCAGCUGCAGAGGGAACAGUGUGUGGACCUAAUAAGUGGUGCCGGCGAGGUCAGUGCCUGAAACUGGGUGACAACGGGCCCAAGCCCAUCAACGGUCAGUGGUCCGGCUGGUCAGAGUGGUCGGAGUGCUCCCGGACCUGCGGCGGUGGAGUGUCCUACCGGGAGAGACACUGCAACAAUCCAAAGCCUCAGUACGGUGGCAAGUUCUGCCUGGGAUCCACCCGGACCUAUCAGAUGUGCAACAUCCAGGCCUGCCAAGGCAACAGCGUUGAUUUUCGAUCUCAGCAGUGCGCCGAGUACAACAGCAAGCCCUUCAGGGGGUGGUAUUACAAGUGGAAGCCCUACACAAAGGUCGAUGAUGAAGAUGUUUGCAAGCUGUAUUGCAUUGCUGAGGAUUUUGAUUUUUUCUUCGCCAUGUCCAACAAAGUGAAGGACGGAACCCGUUGUGUUGAGAACAGAUUUGAUGUCUGCAUUGACGGCAUGUGUGAGGCAGUGGGGUGUGACCGAGUUCUGGGGUCAAAGGCCACCAUGGAUGCUUGCGGAGUGUGCAACGGAGAUAAUUCAACUUGUAAAUUCUUUCAAGGGCAAUAUCUUCAGCAGCACCGGGCGAACGAGUACUACGCUGUUGUUACUGUUCCCGCCGGGGCUCGCAACAUCCACGUGCACGAGCUGGAGAUCUCCACUAGUUACCUGGCUGUGCGCAACCUGACGGGCAAGUACCACCUGACCGGAGAUUGGACCGUCGACUGGCCAGGGAAGUUCGUCUUCGCGGGAGCCCAGUUCAGCUACCAGCGUUCUUUUGACAAACCCGAGAGCCUGUAUUCAGCCGGACCGACUAAUGAGUCGCUCGUCUUUGAAAUCCUGUUACAAGGCAAGAAUCCAGGUAUUGCGUGGGAGUACACUUUACCCAAGUCUGCUAAUGAAAGCAAGGCUACUGUGCUGAGGCACAACUACACCUGGGUGGUCGUGAGAUCAAGUUGCUCUGCAUCGUGUGCUGGAGGAAAAAUGGUGACCAUGGCCUAUUGUCUGCAGGACCACCUCAUUCAGGUCAACACCAGCUUGUGUACAGCACACACAAGACCUGUGACAGGAACAGUUAGCUGUAACACUCAGCCAUGUCCUGCAAGCUGGUCUACGGGCAAGUGGGAUGAGUGCAGCAGGUCCUGCGGGGGUGGGGAGCAGACUCGCCAGAUCCAAUGCUUCCGCAAGGUGGCCUUCCAACAUGACCAGGCCGUGCCUCACUCCAUGUGCCCCAUGGUGACACCCCCUCGAGUACAGCCCUGCAACGCCCACGACUGCCCUCCUGAAUGGAGCACGGGAGCAUGGACCCAGUGUUCCAAAACCUGUGGCCGGGGAUUGAGAAAGCGCAACGUCUACUGCAGAAGCACAAACCCAACGUCCAAACCGCACACCGUCCCGGACAGCCUGUGUAGUCAGGAAACAAAGCCGAAGAAUCAGGAGGUGUGCGUGCUGCGGAGGUGCCCGAAGAAUGACCGACUGAGGUGGAUCACAUCAGCCUGGACGGAGUGCUCGGUGUCCUGCGGUCCUGGCGUACAAAAACGGGAGCUGAAGUGCAGCGAGAAAAGUCUGUCGGGAAAGUAUGUCCCCUUCCCUCAGAGGAGAUGUCGGCACCUGCCCAAGGCAAAAGUCGAUCUUGAACGAGCGUGUAACCUGGGUGUCUGCCCCAAUCCCUCCAUGAACCAAAUCCUUAAUAAUGCCGCACCAGCAUGGUACGCGUCGCCAUGGCAACAGUGUACAGUAACGUGUGGGGGAGGAGUCCAGAUCCGUACCAUGCAUUGCCUGCGGCAGGGGAGGCCCUCGGUGGGAUGCCUUGUCCACCAGAAACCAGCCAUGUCGAGAGCUUGUAAUACAGUCUUCUGUCCAUCACCCAGGAAAGAUCUCAGCUGUGUGGACUACUUUAGCUGGUGUCACCUGGUCCCACAGCAUGGUGUCUGUGGCCACAAGUUCUAUGGCAGGCAGUGCUGCAAGUCCUGCAACAAAACCAAUCGAUAGCGACCAGCGUCACAGCCGCCGUGCUCACCUCGACCUCCUCUCUUAAACACCCCCCCUCCUUUCCCCACGGCUCUCCCCAACAAGAUUAUUUAUUGGCCGCGGUCAAGAAGGAUUGACUUCGCCCAACAAAGGGGUGGAUGCCUAAGUCAACGCCUCCUGUGGUCCUUUAUUGAGGUGGUUGAGGGACUGAUUUGGACAAAGGUCAGUAGGCUGUUAUGUCACCCUUUCCAAUGAUUGAUGGGCCAUUGGCAUCCAGCAGGACUUGAAGGACUAAUAACGAAGAUGAGAUGAUCAGUUGGUGCUAUAUAGACUUUGAAACUCUA